AUGGCCGACGAGUUGACGGAGCGGCUCAAAUGCCAUGCCCGGUCUUUUGACAGUUUACUGUCCCUUAUUCCAGCAAAGCUCUACUACGGAGAAGAUGUUAGCGAUCAAUGGAAGAGGAAAAAGCAGACUCCGGAGCAGAAGCGGGCGGCAAAAAUGGCCAAAUUAGACCCCGACAAUUGGAAAAGUGCAAAGGACAUCAUGGACGAGAGAGAAGCAGCCGCAGUUCUGAAGCGCAAACGAGACACUGAAGAAGAGGAGUCUGAUGGAAGCCCUGCCCUGCCUGAAGGUAGCGAGAUGGAACAGCCGAAGGCUGUCCAAGACGCACAAGCGCCAAAACCAAAAAGACAAAAGACCGAGAGAAAAGAUGCAGAUCAAACAACUGAUCCUCAGGAUAUUCAAGACCCACAAGAAGACAAACGACGCCGGAAGGCAGAGGAAAGGGCUGCGAAAAGACAACGGAAAAGGGAAAGAAAGGACAAGGCCAAGCAGAAGCUGGAACGACAAAAAGCCAAGAGGAAGGAAGCGGAACAACUCCCUGGCCCUCAGAAGGAAGCCUUGAAGAAAGAAGUAAAGAAAGAACUGAGUCUUAAAAUUCCGGUUGAUCUUGAGGCCACCCAGCGCGCUAGCUCUCCCCAUGCAGCAUCGCCAUCCACAGCUUCUUCCGAAGACGAACCAGAAGAGGUUUUCUCCCCGCAACACGAGUCCGGCACAUCUUCAACUUCGUCUAUUCAGCCUACAUCAAUUGACGAAAUCGUCAAACCUUCAAAUUCGGAUUCGCUCCCACCAACGACUGUGCCGUCGAGCAACGACCACAACGACACCAUGGACAAAACUCCCCGGGAACGGUUACAAGAAGCAAUUUCCCAAUUCCGCGCAGAACGCAAGGCCGACGGCGGCGACGGUCGUCCACCAAAGAACCGACAAGAGCUGUUGGAGCAGCGACGUCGGAAGGAGGAGGCGAAGAAGGCGGCUAAGAAGGAACAAAAACGUCGAGAGAAAGAAGAAGAGGCUCGUCGACAAGAUGAGGAGAUCGCAAGGCACUUCUCGCCAGGUGGUUCCGGCUCCCUGUUGGCGUCACCUCGGUCUCCAAUGCUCGGCGACAACAGUGGCUCCUCUCCAAAUUCAAAUUCCGCCAACAACUUCACGUUUGGCCGCAUUGCGUUCGGAGACGGCACACAGUUCGACCCCUCGUCAACUUCUGCCGUGGAGGAACACAAAAAGAAAGGCGUCCGUGACACCGCCACGGAACUCAAACUCGCAGAAGCCAAAAAGGCUCGCAUGGCUGGUCUGGACGAGGAGAAACGCCUUGACAUUGAGCAAAAAGACAUGUGGUUGAACGCCAAACGGCGCGCACAUGGCGAACACGUCCGGGACAAUACUUCCCUGCUCAAGAAAGCACUCAAGAGGCAACAGGGCCAGAAAAAGAAGAGUGAGAGAGAGUGGAAUGAGAGGCUAGAGGGGGUGAAGAAGGCUCAAGACGCGAAGCAGAAGAAAAGAGUCGAGAACUUGGCCAAGAGGAAGGAGGAGAAGGGCUCGAAGAAAGGAAAAGUCAAGAGGCCAGGUUUUGAGGGAAGUUUCAAGGGAAGAACAGGCGGGAAAAGGAAAUCGUGA